UACUGAAAGAGUGGCCUUCUCAUUUCUUGAUUUCUUCCUUCGUUUCUUGCUUUCUUCAUGUUUCCCUCCCACCUAGAAGCGUGACUGCAUGUGCUCUCGCAGGAAAAUAAGAAGAGAAAACAGUUAGGCAAGGAAAAACAUAUAGCAAAGAGUUCUCAGAAGUAUUACAAUAUAAUACAUACCAUUACCAUCUUCCCUUGUUUUUUGCUUUGCAUACUGUCUGGCUACAUGGCUCGGACUCAAUUCCUGAAUCAGAGAGGGUUGGCAAUAACAACAGCCGCGGUAGCAUGGUUUUUGUUUGGGAGCCUAGUCAUGAUGAGCAACGUCAGCUGUGCAGAGCGGGUCUUGAAAGAUAUAGAACCAGAAAGUUCUGUACUUGAGAGAGAAGAAAGACGGGGGGUUUUACUCAGAAUGUUUCAUUUCUUCUUGCAGGGUGGGAAAUCUUCCUAUGAGCAUGUUUGGCCGGAGAUGGAAUUCGGUUGGAAAAUUGUAGUUGGAUCAAUAAUUGGAUUCUUUGGCGCAGCAUUGGGUAGCGUUGGAGGGGUUGGAGGUGGUGGAAUUUUCGUCCCAAUGCUCACCUUAAUCAUUGGUUUCGACCCCAAGUCUUCCACUGCCAUCUCCAAGUGUAUGAUCAUGGGUGCCGCGGGAUCAACGGUAUACUAUAAUCUGAGACUCAGACACCCAACACUGGACAUUCCCCUAAUAGAUUAUGACCUGGCGUUGCUCUUUCAGCCCAUGCUAAUGCUAGGAAUUAGCAUUGGGGUUGCCUUCAAUGUCAUGUUUGCUGAUUGGAUGGUCACAGUUCUGCUUAUCAUUCUAUUCAUUGGCACAUCAACAAAAGCAUUAUUCAAAGGCAUUGAGACAUGGAAGAAAGAGACUAUAAUGAAGAAGGAAUCGGCUAAGCUGUUGGAAUCAGAGACAAAACCUGGUGAUGGCUCUGGAGAAGAAUACAAAGCACUACCAAGUGGUCCUGCUGAUCACCAAGAUGAGGAGGUUUCCCUAGCACGCAACAUACGCUGGAAAGAAGUAUCCCUGCUUGUGUAUGUCUGGGUGGCUUUUCUUAUUGUUCAGAUUGUUAAGACAUAUACGGUGACCUGCUCCAUCAAUUACUGGAUUCUGAACUCCUUGCAGGUACCGAUUGCGGUCUCAGUGACACUUUUUGAAGCCAUAAGCUUAUACAGAGGGACAAGGGUGAUUGCAUCUAAGGGAAAGGAAAUCACAAACUGGAAGUUGCAUCUGAUUUUUUUAUACUGUAGCUGUGGUAUAGUGGCUGGUAUGGUAGGUGGACUGCUCGGGCUAGGAGGUGGCUUUAUCUUGGGACCCCUUUUUCUCGAAUUGGGAAUUCCUCCUCAGGUAGCAAGCGCAACAUCAACCUUUGCAAUGGUAUUCUCAUCCUCCAUGUCAGUUGUACAAUAUUACCUUCUCAAUCGUUUCCCCGUUCCAUAUGCUGCUUAUUUUGUUCUCGUUGCAACAAUAGCUGCCUUUACUGGUCAGCACGUAGUGAGAAAGAUAAUUAAACUCCUUGGCAGGGCAUCAAUAAUAAUCUUCAUACUAGCUCUGACAAUCUUUGUGAGCGCAAUCAGCUUAGGUGGGGUGGGCAUUGCGAAUAUGGUUGAGAAGAUGGAAAAUCAAGAGUAUAUGGGUUUUGAAAAUCUCUGUCACCAGUCUUAAGAUGUUGUGUUCCAAUAUUGUAGUUGAGUUUCUCAACCUCAACAGAGCACCCAUAUCCACUCUGUUUUGGCUUUUACAUGAUCACCCAUUUUCCCAUUUGGUUUCAAGCAAAGACUGUACUGCUAUAUGUUCAAUUCAUUAUAAACGUCUCUCCCGAAAAUUUCACCA